AUCUCGUGCAACAGCAGCAGUAGCACCAAGCAGGCCAAGGCCAAGGCCAACAGAGAGCAGAGAGUGAGACAGAGUGAGAAGAGAGUCAGAGAGAGCAAGGGUGGGGUGGUGGUGUGCUAGUAGUAGUAUUAGCAGUAGUCGUAGUAGUAAUUAUAACAAAUAGCAGAUAGAAAGAUUGAUAGUAAGUAAGUAAGAAGUAGUAGUAGUAGUUGUAGAGAUGAUGAUGAUGCAGUAGUAUUAGUAGUACUAGUUGUAGUAGUGUUCUCGGUGGCCAGCUAGUAGCUCAGUCCCCCCUCCCUCCCUCUCUCCGGUGGGUGGGUACCGGCCUCUCUAUUCAUCGACAUCACCAGGACCCACAACGAGGAGGAGGAGUCGACGGGAAUACUACCUUCUUACAACUACUACCUAACUACUACUACUACUACUCAGCCGACUUCCCCUUCCCCUCCUCUUUCCUUCCUACUCGUCUCUUGUUCUAGUUUCCUGAACUACUACUAUUACUACUAAAUUCUUACCGCCCCUCAACCCUCCCUCUCAGCUGGAUUGGUUCCAACGGUGUGGUGCUACGGGAUGCCGGUGAGCCUGUCUGAGCUGACUGUGCUGACUGUGAGGUGGUGUUGCCACUGGAGGGAGGAAGGAGGUUGCUUGCUGUCAUCGAUGCGGUGGUUCCGUCGCGUCAGUUGCCACAUGGGUUUUUUGAGAGGCAAUGUUGCAUUCUAUGCUGGGUUAGGCCACUUUUAGUCCAGCUUAAUGUCUGCCUUGGCGAGGAUUUCUCUCAGUGGGGUGCUGUGUGCGUUCCUUGCUCGUGCGAGUUGGUGCCUCAGACGCCAGGUUACGCUCGUAUGAGAUGAGAAACUAUUGUUCAACUUUGGGGCAGUGAGCGCAGGACUCCAAAACAUUUCCUCGUAUCGACUAAAGAGUACUGUCGUAUAGGAAGCCUGGAGCCCUUUUAUCCUAAUUUUAAUUGUGGUAAGGAGAAGCGCUGCGAUGGAGGCAGAAGGCUUAAAGAAGUAAGCUGCUCAGUUAGAAGGUAACGUGGGGAAAUACACAAUGAAAGGUAUUACAGCGGACGUGACGUUGAAUGGAACUGGAUUCCAUGACCACGACGAUGACACAGAGUCUCCGUCUAAAUUUGUCGUAGCUGCGGAAACUGUUGAGCUGGAAAAGCUGCAGCGGCGACUUUCGGUUCGCGACCUUGCCAUUCAGUUUGAGAAGGGGCAAACUGCUGCCAAAGCGCUAGCUGCCAAAUUAGCUGACGAAGCGAAAAGCCCCAGUCCCGUGAAGGCCGAAAAUGGACGUCGGAUGUCCGGUGGCCAUCAAUGCUCACAUGGUCACUCUCAUGGUCAUUCACAUGGAAACAGUCCGGAUUCCAAGGUCAAGAGUCCUAGCGACGGAGCACCAUCAUUCCGAAGUUCUCUGCGACGCACUAGCGGAAACAUUCGAGAAUGUGAAAGGCACAAGGUGCAGGAAGUGAUGGUUUUGGAUAGGCCUGCUUUGACGAAGAAAUUACGAGUUCUGCUGAGCGAGCUUGCCGGGCGUGUUGCAGGAAGAAACAAGGACGACGUUACAGAAGCUCUUGCAAUUAUUGAAGCGAUGGAGCUGCAAUGGUUACAGAAAGAAAAUGAACUGGCUCAAGAAAAAGCUGAUGUCAAAAAGGCGGCCUCAUUGUUUCAACAGGCAUCAGAUGAAGCACGGAAGAUGGUGGAGGAAGCUCGAGCAAAUGCAAAAGCUCAAGUAGAGGCAGCACAAGCCGCAGUUUUUCGGGUGGAAGCUGCUCUCGAAGAGCAAACGCAGUCUUUGAGCGUUGCAGAGAAGAAGGAGCUCGAGAUGAUGAGAAAAGACAUUCAUGAGGCCCGGAGAAUAAAGAUGCUUCAUGAACCCAGUAAGACUAUGGAUAUGGAGUUUGAGAUUGAAGGAUUGCGGCAGGGUUUGUUGCAAAAAGCUGAAGAGCUUGUGCGACUGCGCAAAGAGUUGUUAACAGCAAAGAGGGCAGGCCAGAUAGGCAACUACGAGCUACAAGGGGAAGAACGUCUCGGAGGUGUUUUGGCAAUAACUCGAAUUAAUGAGAAGGUAGUGGAUGUGAGCAAAUGCACUAUUCAAUGGCACCGGAUUGCGGCAGAUGGAAGUAAAGGCGGACCUAUCACUGGUGCCACCAGGCCUCAGUAUGCACCUGAGCCUCUUGAUGUGGGUUGGCUGCUACGUGCAAAUUUGAGCAUGCCGGAUGGAAAAAAAGAAUCCAUAUUCACAACAGGACCCCUAGAUGCUGCUCCUGGGCUUGGAAACUAUGUGGAGGCACUGUUCAACAGAGGCAGUUCCGAGUUCAACACAAGGUUGGUUCAGCAAAAUGGAGAGGUUUUGGAGAAGCCCCUUCUUCUUGUGAUGCUUAUUGAUCGCACACGAAUCAAGCUUUACAAAGGCCGGAAAUCAGUAGCCAAGGAGGAGUAUACUUCAACAAUCCAGCUUUGUGGAGCACGUGGUGGUGGUCAAGCAGCCUCCCGAGCCUUGUACUGGGUAGCCAACAAGAGUCACAGUUUGAUGCUUGUGUUGGAGUCUGAAAGAGAACGAAAUGCUGCAAUUUUGCUUGCAAGGCGUUUCGCUCGAGAUCAAAAUGUUACACUCUUUGGACCUGAUGAUGGGAUUUCCAUUUCGAGAAUUCCCUCAAGCGUAACUUGAUGUCCUAUCCCACCCGAGCAGGAUGCGCAUAGAUGUGAGAAUAUAGCCAGGUGAUAACUGGAUGAGUUUUGCAAACACCCCUUGCAACUCGUUCAACAUUCUUUUGCUAUUGGACUGGAACCAUAUAGCAGUACGUCGAAGAAGACCUUCAGUAUUCUCUUGACUCCUUCAUGCGACACUCCAAAAUGUGGUUCACGAUCUGUGUUCCAAAAGGUAGUGGUCAAAUAACCUGCACUUCAGUUUAUCAUCUGAAAGAUAGUUCAGUAACAAAAACAUUUACUAUGGCUCUUACUUCUCCAAGUUUAUCUCAUCACUGACACAAAUGCCCAGAACACAAUUCUUGAUUGAAAUUUACCUUCAACAUUAUAAGUUCAAAUUAAAAAUAUCUGUUAUACUGUAGACUUGAUAUGACCAAAUUUUCGGCUAGCGCUUGAAAUAGCCAACCGUUCUUAAA